AUGGGUUACAAAAUGAGUAAACUAGAAUUAGAUUCCAACACGUGUGAUAAUGACACAGGUAGCAGUGGAUCGUGUACAUUCCAACGAUUUAGUAGAGGAUCUUUUGAGAUCGACAGUGAAAUUGCUCAUAUUACUAAGCUCAGAUCAGAACCCAACGAAAAACUUCAUAAAACCAUGAAUUCCGAGAAGAGGAUGCCCGUUUCUGUGGUUAAAAUGUUAUCAGCAAGGGAAGCCAACUUUUCCAAAACGGGAAAUUUCUCUCUAGCUGAUCGGUCUCAUGUUCUUGGCCGAUACUUGCCUGUGAAUGGUCCUUGCUGUAUUGACAGAAUGAAUAGCCGGGCAUAUGUAUCACAGUUCUCUGCUGACGGUUCACUUUUUGUAGCUGGUUUCCAGGUAUCUUCAUGGAUUCCAAAUGUUUUCUUUUUCAGAAUGUAGCCAGCGUGGAUAUGCCUGCUGGAAUCAGAUUUUACUUCUAGUUUAUAAAGAUCUAACAAUACCUUCCACUUUUUUCUUUUUUUUUUCUUAAUUAAAAUUUCCAAUCAGGGAAGUCAUAUCAGAAUAUAUGAUGCUGACAAUGGAUGGAGAGUAAAAAAGGAUAUCCUUGCCCGAAGUUUGCGAUGGACAAUCACUGACACGUCACUUUCUUCAGAUCAACAUUAUCUGGUAGGCUAUCUUCAAAUAAAACCAAAUGGUAUAUUGUAGAGCAAAUUACUUAUCAAGUCAUUGUGAGCAUCCAAUCUUCUGUGUUCUUGGUGUAGUUACCUGCGAUAGAUUGCUCAACAUUGUUGCCAAUGCCCAUUUUAACAUAUUCUUGCCAUCUUUGUCCACCAUACAGAAAUGAUUUUGAUUUGACAGUGACGGUGAAUAGCACCAGCCCACUUACACAGAUUAUAAGUUAAAUAUGGACGGCGUGGUGUGAGAGAGAUGUGCAAAUUAACUUCCAUUGGAGAGCGAAGUAGGACAUAAAGCUUGAUAAUGCAACUGGAGUUCCUAGAGCCACUAGAGCUUCACCGAUGUAUAGCUGAGAUGGGAGGUCGCCGGGGGAUAACCGAAAGAUGAUAUCAAACCUACUUCCUUGGUUAGGUAGGUUUAUGAUAGGACCCCAGCGGAGUUAUAUCAGUUUACAAUUGAGAGCAAAUGAGGACGCAAGCUAAGGAAUCCAUCAAAAUAAGGAUGUCUAUUGUUCAUUUGUUGAAAAGGGAUUUGUGAAGGCUAGAGAAGAUAGAUUUUACCGGUUCCUUUGAUCCGUGUGAAUAUCCCAGUACCGAGCAGGGUUUGAAAUGCAUACCUUCACGUACCAUUUAGCUGAUGUGGGGUUAUAGAAGGGAGGCAUCUGGAUGCCUUAAAUAUGAUUGCCUCAGUCAUGUUAAUAUCUUGUCAGGUAUGUAUAUUGCCUUAGUUCACUUUUGGGUAUUAUUUUAUGCAUCAUAAAGUAUGUUCUUAACCUUGAAAGCAAUAAUAUUAAUGCCAUUAUAGUUUAUUUCGAUUUGAACUUAAUCUUGUGUGAUCAACUGGAAUAAUGAAAUCAUACAUUUACAAUCCAAUGCAAGAUGAGCUUAGACUAUGACACUAUAAACCAAUAUUACCACGAUAGAAAAAUGCUUUUCUCGUGGUAAAUGAUAAUAUGAUAUGGAUUCUGUUCUUAGUUCUGAAAGUGUUUGAUAAUGCUUCGCAAACAAGAAUUUUCCAGUGUUAAUUAUUUAUGAAUCUCAUGAAAUUUAAGCUAUUUUGAUAUAACUUUAAUUUUUUAUACGAAUAUCUAUAAAUAGUAAUUCUCAUUGGAAUUUUAGAUAAGCUAAGCUUCGUAUAGAUCCCGUGUCUUGUUUUCUUAGUAGUAAAAUAGUCGGCUACUGCCUCACUUGGCUUCUUUAUUUCAAAUACAGUGAUGCAACCUAGACUUGAUGAUUUAGAUGGUCCAACAACUUGAUUACAAAUUGCUUAAGAGUUGCCUAAGGGUUCUCUGUUUCUGAUUGCCAUUUACAUUAGCUUUUUAGUUAGCAUAUACGAGAUAGCUCGACUGAUUCUGUCAAGCACUUGCUGUUAUUCAUUGGAUGCCUUCAAUUUUUUUUAAUUUCUUAUUCUCCUGUCUUGUUGAAUCUGUUCCUUUUCCCUUGUAACACGGCUAUUUUUAGUAGCUCUGACUUACUACUCCAAUCAGAAUGGCAUUUGUCUUACCACUUUUUUUUUCUUUUCAAUUUGCAGGUUUAUGCCAGUAUGUCCCCUAUUGUUCAUAUUGUCGAUGUGCGUGGUGGGUCAGCAGAGUCACGUGCAAAUAUUACUGUAUGUUUUAUGUCUUAUAAAUGAAACUUAUCCUCAGAUAUUUUGGUGUGUGUACCCUUUUAUUGUUGACGUACCUUGUUUAUUCAGCUGUUACAUUUACAUGGUCACAAUUCUGAUUUCUAUUGUAAUCAUGUUUUUCCUCAUUUAUGAGCUCUUUUUUGACCUCUUACUGAGCUGAUUAUGAUCAAAGGCCGAUUAUUAUGUCAUUAUAAUGUUGUGGGAAUUCUUUGUCCUGAAUACCCUCAACAUUUGGAUUUGGAAUGCUAACGUGAUAUCAUGUAUGUGCUUUCGAAUUCAUCCAGUGAUGGUGCUUGAUUCCUCUAAUCGUUAUGAAAAUAUUAGAGCCAUUAAAUUGUAUCAUUUUAUUAAGUCUUAGUUUGCUAUCUACUGCAUCAAAAAAAUUUCUUCAGGUACCCUGGGAAAUCUUUUGGCCUAGCAUCAUCCGUCCAUUUUUCAUGUUAUCCACCAGGGAUUUCUCAUAUUUCUUUGUUGAGCCUUAUCAUGGGUAGCAGUCAGCCUUCCUGUAAUUCUUUUACAAUGAGUUGCAGUGUAGAUUGGGAAAUGUCUCAGCCUUUCAUAAUCUGUCCAUUUUUCUACUAUAUCUUUGCAGAAUUUCUGGUGCUUGUAUGACCAUACUUUUCUUCUGGGAAAUUGUGUCCAAUUAGUUAUGUACUGUUCAUGGAUAGUGAAUUAUUAUACGCUUUUGUUCGUUGCUGUUUAUUCCCUCUCCUACUUAGUAUGGAAUGAAACAGUUUUUCCCUAUCUCAGUCUCUGUUCUCUAUUACCCCCAAAAGGGGGCAGAUAGUGUCUUCCGAAGCUAGGAAAAGUGGAUGAGCUCGAAACUAACUAUUUGAAAGACUCUCUAAUCACUUAAUUUUCUCGGGAAACAGUUUUCAUCACCAUAGAAAAUGCACACACUUUCCUUGUGCUUCUUGAAUUUCUUGCCCAGGAGGCAUGAAAUGACUCAAUUUGGAGACAUGACGAUUAAAAUGUCUUAGCACAAAGUACCUGGAACAUGAUACAUCAUUUCCGAAUAGGUUUACUCAUCUCACAAUAACUUUUUCAAACCCGGGCAAGAUUCUUCUGUGUCUUGUGGAAAUUUUGUAGAAGAAUUUUUUUUUUGGUAUUUAUCUCUCUCGUAUAGGAUUUAAUUGUGAGGCCAGCGGACGAUGACGAAUAAGAAUUUAGAGAAUGUUUUCAUUUCGUUAUUUUGAGUACCCAAAAAAUAACUUUUUUCUUUUUAACUUUCCAAAGGUUUGUUCUAUUUUAUGCAUUGACGAUUUUGUGGUAAGCUUGUCCGGACAUGGUCGAUUCAUGCACCAUUUAUCAAAAUGCAGGAUGUUCAUGAUGGCCUGGACUUCUCAGUUGAUGAGGAAAGGGAAAACACUUUUGGAAUAUUCUCCGUCAAGUUUUCAUCUGAUGGGCGAGAGCUUGUUGCUGGAAGUAGCGAUGAGUCAAUAUAUGUCUAUGAUCUUGAAGCAAAUACUGUUGCUUUACGAAUUUCAGCACAUUCAGUACGUAGUACAUUUGAAUGAUUCAUCUGCUCUUGAUGAUCGUCAUGUUCUGACCUCACAUUCCCUUUUUACUUUUUUCUUUCACUGUUUAAAUGCUAUUCUGUCACAGCAAAUCAUAAGUGCCUAAAUCCUGUUAGUGGCCAAUUUUUUUUCACAUACGGUGUUUACUCCCAUCAUCCUUGUUGGUAAAUCUUCAGCAUCUGGGCUUGUUUCACCACUUGGUCAUCUGGAAUACUUCACAACUCCUUUCAUACUGUCUUUGGAAUCCAUCUGUCAACACGUCAAUGCAGACUUUGACUCUAUCUGAUUUGAAUACUGCUUUAUGAUUUAUGCUGGUACCUAUACAUCGCAUUGGACUGCUCUGAUGAAUACUGGCUGUUUUUGUAUAGUUUUAUACUUUCAAGAGCUUGUUCUGCAGGGACUGCUCCUUUUGCUAUAAUCAUUCCUAGAAUACCAAAUGCUCGUGUCCUGCAUUUUUUUUUUUUCUCUGCUCAAUGAUCAGACUGGGAUCCAUUUUAUCCAACUCGGAUCUUCUUGAACCUACCCAUCUUUUGAAUUUAUAGUGCUAUGGUUUUUUUUCUUCUGACUUUUUAAUUUCGUCCAAUCCAGGAAAUCUGUUCCACUUUUUUUGUCCUUGUUUCUUGGCUGGGGGGAGGUAUUUUGAGUCAAAAUCACGGCUUGCUUUUAAAUCUUAUGUUCUUCAUCGCUUCCAAUAUGCCGAUUCUAUGUGUUUUGUGACUAAAUCUAUCUGUUUAUCUAAUCAUAUUCACAUGUACCAUUAUUCAUCUGCCUGUGGCAUUUCCAAGCACUGUAUUUUUAUUUUUUUUUUAAUCUGUUAUGUCCAUUGACAGUGCGAUAAAUCGACAACUUCAUAUUGAUAAUUUAGUAAACAGUACAUGAUAGAAUGUUCAAAGCUCGCUGCUAUCACAAUAUAAAUUAUCGUCUGAUAGAAUUUUUCCCCCAAGCGUUGACUCAAUUGAAAUUUUGAUUUGUGCCCAUUUAUCCCCUCUCAAUGAAGUUCUACUUUAUUCCUGUGAUCAGGCUGACGUCAACACAGUGACUUUUGCUGAUGAGACCGGGCAUCUCAUCUACUCCGGUGGUGAUGACAACUUUUGCAAGGUACUGAUCCUGUUCUUUCUUCUUCUUCCCCCCCAUAUUUCUACUCUAAAAAUGGUAAACUCGUCUUCUCGGCCUUAAAAUGGCAAUAAUUAUUCAGUCUUAAAGAUAGCACCUUAAAAUGGUGGAUCAAAUCAGUCUGCAAAAGGGAACAAAAAAGGGAUAGAAUCUGAGAAGCUCAGGGACAAGAAGACGCUGUGGUGGCCACACCCCAGGAUCCUUUGGUUCUCGCAUCAGUUUACGACGGCGGACGGAAGAUUUCGUCUUGAUGAUUCUCCUGCAUCUUAUGCUGGUCUCCAAGAUAAACUGUUUCUUUGCUAAACAUGGGUAGAAGGAAGUGAACUGCUCCCUUUCUCAGGUCUGGGACAGGCGCUGCUUCGUUUCCAAAGGGCGGCCGGCCGGCAUCCUGGUGGGGCACAUAGAAGGCAUCACCUUCAUCGACAGCCGAGGGGAUGGGCGGUACUUCAUCAGCAACGGCAAGGACCAGACCACCAAACUCUGGGACAUCCGCAGGAUGACCUCCACUGUCAGCUGGUGGCUUUCUCUCUCUAGUUCUGCGUCGACGAGGUUUCCAUUAAAGCAUGGCAUGCAGAUUUCUAAUUACGGCAUCAUCUUCCUCCCCCCCCCAACAUGCAGUUCGAGGCCGAGAACCUUCGACUGGGAUUAUCGAUGGAUGAAGUAUCCAGAAGGAGCUAAGCUGGUUCGGCACCCCUCCGAUCAGUCCUUGGCUACCUACAGAGGCCACUCGGUCUUGCGGACCCUCAUACGCUGCUACUUCUCACCUGCCCGCAGGUAACACCUUUCUUUCAUAAGCUGUUUCAACUCUCUAUCUCUCUCUCUCAAACCCCGCGCUCGGGGUUUCAUGGGUUUAAUGGGCCCUUUCGUUAUCUGGCCAUCAUUGACUUUGAUUUUUACUUUUACUUUCCCCAUUCAGCACGGGCCAGAGAUUCAUCUACACAGGAUCGAGCGAUCAUUCUGUCUACAUAUACGACGUGGUAAGUGUGCCCUUCCUCUGGCUAAAUAGAUUAAAAGACGUUUUUUUAGAGAGAGAAAGCGUUUCUUCUCAGCUCUCACGGGCUCCUUGAAUUGGUCUCCGGUGAUUGAUCAUAAGGUGACCGGAGCCCGGGUGGCGAAGCUCGACUACCAUGAGUCAGCUGUGAGGGACUGCAACUGGCACCCCGACUACCCCGUUUUGGUCACCUCCUCCUGGGACGGUGACCUCGCCAGGUGGGACUUCCCCGGCAGCCGGAGGCCUGCCCCCUCGAAGAUGCAGAGAAGUGCAUCUACUGAGCCCCGGCCGAGGGUUGACCGGCUCUAUACAGUAGGUUUCCAUUGA